AUGAAAGAGAACGUCAUAUCUCUCACUUGCGUACUUCCCUCCGGCAGCAUCGUAAAAACGCAUAACCGACCCCGGAAGUCGUCCGCUGGAUAUGACCUCACGCAUCUUCUUAUCGGAUCAGAAGGUACGCUUGCGCUGGUGACGGAAGUUGUGCUGCGUCUCUCGCCCCUGCCGCGGAACCUUUACGUCGGACUAGCAAACUUCAGUACAUUUCAAGAAGGCAUUCGGGUCGUUGUCUCCCUGCAGAAAUUAGGUCAUCGACUUGAAGCGCUGGAGUUGGCCGACGGACCAACGAUGCAAAGUGUCAAUGUCUCAGGGCUGGCACCACAACGGACAUUCAGAGAGGUGCCAACACUAUUCUUCAAGGUUGCAGGUCCAUCAAGGCACAUCGUACAAGAGCAAAUUUCAACGAUGAAAGAGCUGUGUCAAGCGCAAGGCGCCUCUAGUGUCGAGAUCACACAACAAGAAGAUGAGAUGGAUAUCAUCUGGGGAGCGCGCAAAUGCAUGGGCACAGCUCUUCUCGCCAUGAAGAAGAACUCCAAAGAUAUCUUCUUGCAUAGUGACUGCGCAGUGCCAAUAUCCAACCUUGCAAGCCUCGUCGCUGGAACGCAGGAGCUUAUCGCCCAGGCUUCAGCUGCCCAUCAAGCAUCUUGGUUCUGUGCCAACGUGGGUCACAUCGGUGAUGGCAAUGUUCACUCUAGCAUCGUUUGUCCACAGGAACACUACGACGUUGCGAUGAGUGCGAUCAUGGAGAUAGCCAGGCUGGCGCUAAGCUUAGAAGGAACAGUCACAGGAGAGCAUGGCAUUGGGCUUAAGUUGAGGGAAGCGUUGGCGGAAGAGGUAGGGGAUGAUGGUGUGACUAUGAUGAGAAGUAUCAAGAGUGCGUUGGAUCCGAAGGGGGUCUUGAAUCCUGACAAGGUAUUCAAGAUAGAGAAGGAAGGGAGCGCGCCGAAGCUUUGA